AUGGCCGAGCGCUACAUCCCCGAGCAUCGUCGCACCCAGUUCAAGGCCCGGAACCAGUUCCGGCCUGACGAACUCCGUCGUCGUCGUGAGGAACAACAGGUUGAAAUCAGAAAGCAGAAGAGAGAAGAGAAUUUGGCCAAGAGGAGAGGCAUUCAGACCCGCGAUGGUGGCAUUGGCGUGGGCGGCGGCGUAGCGGCUGCCGAGAGUGACGAUGAGGCCAGCGCUAUUGAGAGUGAGCUUAGCGUGGAGCUCCCCGAGAUGGUUAAGGGUGUCUUCUCCGACCAGAUCGACCAGCAGAUCCAGGCCACCACCAAGUUCCGCAAACUGCUCUCCAAGGAGCGCAACCCUCCCAUUGAGCGUGUCAUCGAGACCGGCGUCGUCAGCCGUUUUGUUGAAUUUCUCCGCUCCCCCCACACCCUUGUUCAGUUCGAAGCCGCUUGGGCUUUGACCAACAUUGCCUCUGGAUCCGCCCAGCAGACCCAGGUGGUCAUCGAGGCCGGUGCCGUGCCUAUCUUCGUUGAGCUCUUGAGCAGCCCUGAACCCGAUGUUCGUGAGCAGGCCGUAUGGGCCCUUGGUAACAUUGCUGGUGACAGCCCUCAAUGCCGCGAUUUCGUUCUCAACGCCGGUGCUCUUCGUCCUCUUCUCAACCUCAUCAAUGAUGGCCGGAAGCUGAGUAUGUUGCGCAACGCUACCUGGACCCUGAGCAAUUUCUGCCGUGGCAAGACGCCACAGCCUGACUGGAACAACAUUGCCCCUGCUCUUCCUGUUCUUGCCAAGCUUAUCUACAUGCUUGAUGACGAGGUCCUCAUUGAUGCUUGCUGGGCCAUCUCUUACCUCUCCGAUGGUGCCAACGAUAAGAUCCAGGCUGUCAUUGAGGCCGGAAUCCCUCGCCGCCUGGUUGAGCUUCUCAUGCACGCGUCGACCUCUGUCCAGACCCCCGCUCUCCGGUCUGUUGGUAACAUCGUCACCGGUGACGACGUCCAGACCCAGGUCAUCAUCAACUGCGGCGCUCUCCCCGCCCUCCUUGCUCUGCUGAGCUCCACCAAGGAUGGUAUCCGUAAGGAGGCCUGCUGGACGAUUUCCAACAUUACCGCUGGCAACUCUAGCCAGAUCCAGGCCGUUGUCGAUGCCGGCAUCAUCCCUCCCUUGAUCAACCUGUUGGCCAACGGUGACUUCAAGACCCGUAAGGAAGCCUGCUGGGCUAUCUCCAACGCCACCUCCGGUGGUCUGCAGAAGCCCGAACAGAUCCGUUACCUCGUGUCUCAGGGAUGCAUCAAGCCCCUGUGCGACCUCCUGGCUUGCCCUGAUAACAAGAUCAUCCAGGUCGCUCUGGACGGCUUGGAGAACAUCCUCAAGGUCGGCGAUAUGGACAAGGAGGCUGCCCAGUCUGGUGAGGCUCGGGUUAACCGCUAUGCUCUGUUCAUCGAAGAGGCCGGCGGUAUGGAGAAGAUCCACGACUGCCAGAACAACGCCAACGAGGAGAUCUACAUGAAGGCGUACAACAUCAUCGAGAAGUACUUCUCCGAUGAGGACGAGGCCGGCGACAUCGACGAGGUCGCUCCCCAGCAGACACAGACUGGAUUCGCCCUUGGCACCACGCAACAGCAGGGCGGAUUCAACUUCGCCAACGGUGGUGACUCCAUGGAUAUGUAA